GGAGGCCAUAAAUGAGCCUAUUCCUCAGCCUAUGCCUUUUCCACCGAGCAUUAUCAGGUCAGGAUCCCCAAAAUUGGAUCCUUCCGAGGUCUACCUGAAAUCUAAGACUUUAUAUGAAGAUAAACCACCAAACACCAAAGAUUUGGAUGUUUUUCUUCGAAAACAAGAGUCAGGGUUUGGCUUCAGGGUGCUAGGAGGAGAUGGACUGUUUCCUGUUCAAACGUUUUGAGUGGCGAUUUGGUGGAUUAUGAUAUAUAUUGGGGCUAUUAUUCCCCUGGGAGCAGCUGAAAAAGAUGGUCGGCUCCGCGCAGCUGAUGAACUAAUGUGCAUUGAUGGAAUUCCUGUUAAAGGGAAAUCACACAAACAAGUCUUGGACCUCAUGACAACUGCUGCUCGAAAUGGCCAUGUGUUACUAACUGUCAGACGGAAGAUCUUCUAUGGAGAUGUCCAGAAGGCUUGUUGGGGGAAUAUUGUCAACAUCGAGACCCCUGUGAGAAGAACCGCUGCCAGAAUGGUGGGACUUGUGUGGCCCAGGCCAUGCUGGGGAAAGCCACGUGCCGAUGUGCCUCAGGGUUUACAGGAGAGGACUGCCAGUACUCGACAUCUCAUCCAUGCUUUGUGUCUCGACCCUGCCUGAAUGGCGGCACAUGCCAUAUGCUCAGCCGGGAUACCUAUGAGUGCACCUGUCAAGUCGGGUUUACAGUCCCUGGCCCCACCUCUUCUGCCACAAACGUCAGCAUGGUGGUAUCAGCCGGCCCUUUGUCCAGCGAGAAGGCAGAGGUGAACAUUCUAGAAAUCAAUGAGAAAUUGUGCCCCCAGCUGGCAGAGAAGAAACAGCAGUUCAGAAGCCUCCAAGAGAAAUGUUUUGUAACUCAACUGGCCGGCUUCCUGGCCAACGGACAGAAGAAAUACAAAUACGAAGAGUGCGAAGACCUCAUAAAAUCUAUGCUGAGGAAUGAGCGACGACAGUUCAAGGAGGAGAAGCUUGCGGAGCAGCUCAAGCAAGCUGAGGAGCUCAGGCAAUAUAAAGUCCUGGUUCACUCUCAGGAACGAGAGCUGACCCAGUUAAAGGAGAAGUUACGGGAAGGGAGAGAUGCCUCCCGCUCAUUGAAUGAGCAUCUCCAGGCCCUUCUCACUCCGGAUGAGCCGGACAAGUCCCAGGGGCAGGACCUCCAAGAACAGCUGGCUGAGGGGUGUAGACUGGCACAGCAACUUGUCCAAAAGCUCAGCCCAGAAAAUGACGAAGAUGAGGAUGAAGAUGUUCAAGCUGAGGAGGCUGAGAAGGUGCAGAAAUCAUCUCCCCCCAGGGAGGUGCAGAAGGCUGAAGAGAGCAAAGUCCCUGAGGACUCACUGGAGGAAUGUGCCAUCACUUGUUCAAAUAGCCACGGCCCUUGUGACUCCAACCAGCCUCACAAGAACAUCAAAAUCACAUUUGAGGAAGACGAAGUCAACUCAACUCUGGUUGUAGACAGAGAAUCCUCUCAUGAUGAAUGUCAGGAUGCUCUAAACAUUCUCCCAGUCCCUGGCCCCACCUCUUCUGCCACAAACGUCAGCAUGGUGGUAUCAGCCGGCCCUUUGUCCAGCGAGAAGGCAGAGGUGAACAUUCUAGAAAUCAAUGAGAAAUUGCGCCCCCAGCUGGCAGAGAAGAAACAGCAGUUCAGAAGCCUCCAAGAGAAAUGUUUUGUAACUCAACUGGCCGGCUUCCUGGCCAACGGACAGAAGAAAUACAAAUACGAAGAGUGCGAAGACCUCAUAAAAUCUAUGCUGAGGAAUGAGCGACGACAGUUCAAGGAGGAGAAGCUUGCGGAGCAGCUCAAGCAAGCUGAGGAGCUCAGGCAAUAUAAAGUCCUGGUUCACUCUCAGGAACGAGAGCUGACCCAGUUAAAGGAGAAGUUACGGGAAGGGAGAGAUGCCUCCCGCUCAUUGAAUGAGCAUCUCCAGGCCCUUCUCACUCCGGAUGAGCCGGACAAGUCCCAGGGGCAGGACCUCCAAGAACAGCUGGCUGAGGGGUGUAGACUGGCACAGCAACUUGUCCAAAAGCUCAGCCCAGAAAAUGACGAAGAUGAGGAUGAAGAUGUUCAAGCUGAGGAGGCUGAGAAGGUGCAGAAAUCAUCUCCCCCCAGGGAGGUGCAGAAGGCUGAAGAGAGCAAAGUCCCUGAGGACUCACUGGAGGAAUGUGCCAUCACUUGUUCAAAUAGCCACGGCCCUUGUGACUCCAACCAGCCUCACAAGAACAUCAAAAUCACAUUUGAGGAAGACGAAGUCAACUCAACUCUGGUUGUAGACAGAGAAUCCUCUCAUGAUGAAUGUCAGGAUGCUCUAAACAUUCUCCCAGUCCCUGGCCCCACCUCUUCUGCCACAAACGUCAGCAUGGUGGUAUCAGCCGGCCCUUUGUCCAGCGAGAAGGCAGAGGUGAACAUUCUAGAAAUCAAUGAGAAAUUGCACCCCCAGCUGGCAGAGAAGAAACAGCAGUUCAGAAGCCUCCAAGAGAAAUGUUUUGUAACUCAACUGGCCGGCUUCCUGGCCAACGGACAGAAGAAAUACAAAUACGAAGAGUGCGAAGACCUCAUAAAAUCUAUGCUGAGGAAUGAGCGACGACAGUUCAAGGAGGAGAAGCUUGCGGAGCAGCUCAAGCAAGCUGAGGAGCUCAGGCAAUAUAAAGUCCUGGUUCACUCUCAGGAACGAGAGCUGACCCAGUUAAAGGAGAAGUUACGGGAAGGGAGAGAUGCCUCCCGCUCAUUGAAUGAGCAUCUCCAGGCCCUUCUCACUCCGGAUGAGCCGGACAAGUCCCAGGGGCAGGACCUCCAAGAACAGCUGGCUGAGGGGUGUAGACUGGCACAGCAACUUGUCCAAAAGCUCAGCCCAGAAAAUGACGAAGAUGAGGAUGAAGAUGUUCAAGCUGAGGAGGCUGAGAAGGUGCAGAAAUCAUCUCCCCCCAGGGAGGUGCAGAAGGCUGAAGAGAGCAAAGUCCCUGAGGACUCACUGGAGGAAUGUGCCAUCACUUGUUCAAAUAGCCACGGCCCUUGUGACUCCAACCAGCCUCACAAGAACAUCAAAAUCACAUUUGAGGAAGACGAAGUCAACUCAACUCUGGUUGUAGACAGAGAAUCCUCUCAUGAUGAAUGUCAGGAUGCUCUAAACAUUCUCCCAGUCCCUGGCCCCACCUCUUCUGCCACAAACGUCAGCAUGGUGGUAUCAGCCGGCCCUUUGUCCAGCGAGAAGGCAGAGGUGAACAUUCUAGAAAUCAAUGAGAAAUUGCACCCCCAGCUGGCAGAGAAGAAACAGCAGUUCAGAAGCCUCCAAGAGAAAUGUUUUGUAACUCAACUGGCCGGCUUCCUGGCCAACGGACAGAAGAAAUACAAAUACGAAGAGUGCGAAGACCUCAUAAAAUCUAUGCUGAGGAAUGAGCGACGACAGUUCAAGGAGGAGAAGCUUGCGGAGCAGCUCAAGCAAGCUGAGGAGCUCAGGCAAUAUAAAGUCCUGGUUCACUCUCAGGAACGAGAGCUGACCCAGUUAAAGGAGAAGUUACGGGAAGGGAGAGAUGCCUCCCGCUCAUUGAAUGAGCAUCUCCAGGCCCUCCUCACUCCGGAUGAGCCGGACAAGUCCCAGGGGCAGGACCUCCAAGAACAGCUGGCUGAGGGGUGUAGACUGGCACAGCAACUUGUCCAAAAGCUCAGCCCAGAAAAUGACAACGAUGACGAUGAAGAUGUUCAAGUUGAGGUGGCUGAGAAAGUGCAGGAAUCGUCUGCCCCCAGGGAGAUGCAGAAGGCUGAAGAAAAGGAAGUCCCUGAGGACUCACUGGAGGAAUGUGCCAUCACUUGUUCAAAUAGCCAUGGCCCUUUUGACUCCAACCAGCCACAUAGGAAAACCAAAAUCACAUUUGAGGAAGACAAAGUCGACUCAACUCUCAUUGGCUCAUCCUCUCAUGUUGAAUGGGAGGAUGCUGUACACAUUAUUCCAGAAAAUGAAAGUGAUGAUGAGGAAGAGGAAGAAAAAGGGCCAGUGUCUCCCAGGAAUCUGCAGGAGUCUGAAGAGGAGGAAGUCCCCCAGGAGUCCUGGGAUGAAGGUUAUUCGACUCUCUCAAUUCCUCCUGAAAUGUUGGCCUCGUACCAGUCUUACAGCAGCACAUUUCACUCAUUAGAGGAACAGCAAGUCUGCAUGGCUGUUGACAUAGGCAGACAUCGGUGGGAUCAAGUGAAAAAGGAGGACCAAGAGGCAACAGGUCCCAGGCUCAGCAGGGAGCUGCUGGAUGAGAAAGGGCCUGAAGUCUUGCAGGACUCACUGGAUAGAUGUUAUUCAACUCCUUCAGGUUGUCUUGAACUGACUGACUCAUGCCAGCCCUACAGAAGUGCCUUUUACGUAUUGGAGCAACAGCGUGUUGGCUUGGCUGUUGACAUGGAUGAAAUUGAAAAGUACCAAGAAGUGGAAGAAGACCAAGACCCAUCAUGCCCCAGGCUCAGCAGGGAGCUGCUGGAUGAGAAAGAGCCUGAAGUCUUGCAGGACUCACUGGAUAGAUGUUAUUCGACUCCUUCAGGUUAUCUUGAACUGCCUGACUUAGGCCAGCCCUACAGCAGUGCUGUUUACUCAUUGGAGGAACAGUACCUUGGCUUGGCUCUUGACGUGGACAGAAUUAAAAAGGACCAAGAAGAGGAAGAAGACCAAGGCCCACCAUGCCCCAGGCUCAGCAGGGAGCUGCUGGAGGUAGUAGAGCCUGAAGUCUUGCAGGACUCACUGGAUAGAUGUUAUUCAACUCCUUCCAGUUGUCUUGAACAGCCUGACUCCUGCCAGCCCUAUGGAAGUUCCUUUUAUGCAUUGGAGGAAAAACAUGUUGGCUUUUCUCUUGACAUGGGAGAAAUUGAAAAGAAGGGGAAGGGGAAGAAAAGAAGGGGAAGAAGAUCAAAGAAGAAAAGAAGAAGGGGAAGAAAAGAAGGGGAAGAAGAUCAAAACCCACCAUGCCCCAGGCUCAGCAGGGAGCUGCUGGAUGAGAAAGGGCCUGAAGUCUUACAGGACUCACUGGAUAGAUGUUAUUCAACUCCUUCAGGUUGUCUUGAACUGACUGACUCAUGCCAGCCCUACAGAAGUGCCUUUUACGUAUCGGAGCAACAGCGUGUUGGCUUGGCUGUUGACAUGGAUGAAAUUGAAAAGUACCAAGAAGUGGAAGAAGACCAAGACCCAUCAUGCCCCAGGCUCAGCAGGGAGCUGCUGGAUGAGAAAGAGCCUGAAGUCUUGCAGGACUCACUGGAUAGAUGUUAUUCGACUCCUUCAGGUUAUCUUGAACUGCCUGACUUAGGCCAGCCCUACAGCAGUGCUGUUUACUCAUUGGAGGAACAGUACCUUGGCUUGGCUCUUGACGUGGACAGAAUUAAAAAGGACCAAGAAGAGGAAGAAGACCAAGGCCCACCAUGCCCCAGGCUCAGCAGGGAGCUGCUGGAGGUAGUAGAGCCUGAAGUCUUGCAGGACUCACUGGAUAGAUGUUAUUCAACUCCUUCCAGUUGUCUUGAACAGCCUGACUCCUGCCAGCCCUAUGGAAGUUCCUUUUAUGCAUUGGAGGAAAAACAUGUUGGCUUUUCUCUUGACGUGGGAGAAAUUGAAAAGAAGGGGAAGGGGAAGAAAAGAAGGGGAAGAAGAUCAAAGAAGAAAAGAAGAAGGGGAAGAAAAGAAGGGGAAGAAGAUCAAAACCCACCAUGCCCCAGGCUCAGCAGGGAGCUGCUGGAUGAGAAAGGGCCUGAAGUCUUACAGGACUCACUGGAUAGAUGUUAUUCAACUCCUUCAGGUUGUCUUGAACUGACUGACUCAUGCCAGCCCUACAGAAGUGCCUUUUACGUAUUGGAGCAACAGCGUGUUGGCUUGGCUGUUGACAUGGAUGAAAUUGAAAAGUACCAAGAAGUGGAAGAAGACCAAGACCCAUCAUGCCCCAGGCUCAGCAGGGAGCUGCUGGAUGAGAAAGAGCCUGAAGUCUUGCAGGACUCACUGGAUAGAUGUUAUUCGACUCCUUCAGGUUAUCUUGAACUGCCUGACUUAGGCCAGCCCUACAGCAGUGCUGUUUACUCAUUGGAGGAACAGUACCUUGGCUUGGCUCUUGACGUGGACAGAAUUAAAAAGGACCAAGAAGAGGAAGAAGACCAAGGCCCACCAUGCCCCAGGCUCAGCAGGGAGCUGCUGGAGGUAGUAGAGCCUGAAGUCUUGCAGGACUCACUGGAUAGAUGUUAUUCAACUCCUUCCAGUUGUCUUGAACAGCCUGACUCCUGCCAGCCCUAUGGAAGUUCCUUUUAUGCAUUGGAGGAAAAACAUGUUGGCUUUUCUCUUGACGUGGGAGAAAUUGAAAAGAAGGGGAAGGGGAAGAAAAGAAGGGGAAGAAGAUCAAAGAAGAAAAGAAGAAGGGGAAGAAAAGAAGGGGAAGAAGAUCAAAACCCACCAUGCCCCAGGCUCAACGGCGUGCUGAUGGAAGUGCAAGAGCCUGAAGUCUUACAGGACUCACUGGAUAGAUGUUAUUCGACUCCGUCAAUGUACUUUGAACUACCUGACUCAUUCCAGCCCUACAGCAGUGUGUUUUACUCAUUUGAGGAACAGCACAUCAGCUUCGCCCUUUACGUGGACAAUAGGUUUUUUACUUUGACGGUGACAAGUCUCCACCUGGUGUUCCAGAUGGAAGUCAUAUUCCCACAAUAAGCAGCCCUUACUAAGCCGAGAGAUGUCAUUCCUGCAGGCAGGACCUAUAGGCACGUGAAGAUUUGAAUGAAAGUACAGUUCCAUUUGGAAGCCCAGACAUAGGAUGGGUCAGUGGGCAUGGCUCUAUGCCUAUUCUCAAACCAUGCCAUUGGCAACCUGUGCUCAGUCUGAAGACAAUGGACCCACGUUAGGUGUGACACUUUCACAUAACUGUGCAGCACAUGCCGGGAGUGAUCAGUCAGACAUUUUAAUUUGAACCACGUAUCUCUGGGUAGCUACAAAAUUCCUCAGGGAUUUCAUUUUGCAGGCAUGUCUCUGAGCUUCUAUACCUGCUCAAGGUCAGUGUCAUCUUUGUGUUUAGCUCAUCCAAAGGUGUUACCCUGGUUUCAAUGAACCUAACCUCAUUCUUUGUGUCUUCAGUGUUGGCUUGUUUUAGCUGAUCCAUCUGUAACACAGGAGGGAUCCUUGGCUGAGGAUUGUAUUUCAGGACCACCAACUGCUCUUGACAAUUGUUAACCCGCUAGGCUCAUUUGGUUAGAGAAGCCACAGUCCUUCAGCCUCCAAUUGGUGUCAGUACUUAGGAAGACCACAGCUAGAUGGACAAACAGCAUUGGGAGGCCUUAGCCCUGCUCCUCUCAUUUCCAUCCUGUAGAGAACAGGAGUCAGGAGCCACUGGCAGGAGACAGCAUGUCACCCAGGACUCUGCCGGUGCAGAAUAUGAACAAUGCCAUGUUCUUGCAGAAAACGCUUAGCCUGAGUUUCAUAGGAGGUAAUCACCAGACAACUGCAGAAUGUAGAACACUGAGCAGGACAACUGACCUGUCUCCUUCACAUAGUCCAUAUCACCACAAAUCACACAACAAAAAGGAGAAGAGAUAUUUUGGGUUCAAAAAAAGUAAAAAGAUAAUGUAGCUGCAUUUCUUUAGUUAUUUUGAACCCCAAAUAUUUCCUCAUCUUUUUGUUGUUGUCAUGGAUGGUGGUGACAUGGACUUGUUUAUAGAGGACAGGUCAGCUGUCUGGCUCAAUGAUCUACAUUCUGAAGUUGUCUGAAAAUGUCUUCAUGAUUAAAUUCAGCCUAAACGUUUUGCCGGGAACACUGCAGAGACAAUGCUGUGAGUUCCCAACCUCAGCCCAUCUGCGGGCAGAGAAGGUCUAGUUUGUCCAUCACCAUUAUGAUAUCAGGACUGGUUACUUGGUUAAGGAGGGGUCUAGGAGAUCUGUCCCUUUUAGAGACACCUUACUUAUAAUGAAGUACUUGGGAAAGCGGUUUUCAAGAGUAUAAAUAUCCUGUAUUCUAAUGAUCAUCCUCUAAACAUUUUAUCAUUUAUUAAUCCUCCCUGUGUCUAUUAUUAUAUUCAUAUCUCUACACUGCAAAUUUUGGGUCUCAAUUUUUACUGUGCCUUUGUUUUUACUAGUGUCUGCUGUUGCAAAAGGAAGAAAACAUUCUCUGCCUGAGUUUUAAUUUUUGUCCAAAGUUAAUUUUAAUCUAUACAAUUAAAACCUUUUGCCUAUCA